AUGAAUUCCCUGACCGAUCAAGAAGCCUUUGCAAUUGCAGUCGAAGAAGCCAAGAUUGGAUAUGAAGAAGGUGGUGUGCCUAUUGGUGCAGCUUUAGUCUCAAGAGAUGGGAAGUUGUUGGGCCGGGGCCAUAAUAUGAGAGUCCAGAAAGGGAGUGCUAUUCAUCAUGGAGAGACAUCCGCUUUGGAAAAUUCAGGUCGCCUCCCUGCCUCGGCUUAUAAGGGGUCCACCAUGUAUACAACAUUGUCUCCAUGUGAUAUGUGUACGGGAGCAUGUAUUUUGUACGGAAUAUCACGAGUCGUCGUGGGUGAGAACAAUACUUUCCUCGGCGGUGAAGCAUAUUUGAAGCAAAGAGGAAUUGAAGUUGUCAACAUGCAAAGCAAGGAGUGCCAGGAAUUGAUGGAGAAGUUCAUCAGUGAGAAGCCAGAAUUGUGGAACGAAGAUAUUGGUGUCGAGAAGAGGGUUCACACCAAGGAAUGA